GCCCUCGCGGCGCCCCGUAGCCGCGCGCCCCGCCGAGCCGGCGCCAAGAUGGCGGCGCUGACGAGUGCAAAGCUGCCGCGCCGGGGACCGCGGGGGCCGGAGCGGGUCGUCCGCGGCUGAGCGCCCGAGCCGCCCGCGAGGCAGGCGCCUGGUCGCCGGGGCCCGGGACAUGGUGCGGUCCGCGCCGCGCCGCCGCCGCUGAACUCGCGGGCCGCGCCGGGCUCGGACGUGGGAGCGGGAAGAUGUUUUCCGCGCUCAAGAAGCUGGUGGGGUCGGAGCAGGCUCCGGGCCGCGACAAGAACAUCCCGGCCGGGCUGCAGUCCAUGAACCAGGCGCUGCAGAGGCGCUUCGCCAAGGGGGUGCAGUACAACAUGAAGAUCGUGAUCCGCGGGGACAGGAACACAGGCAAGACGGCGCUGUGGCACCGGCUACAGGGCAAGAAGUUCGUGGAGGAGUACAUCCCCACGCAGGAGAUCCAGGUCACCAGCAUCCACUGGAACUACAAAACCACUGAUGAUAUCGUGAAAGUUGAAGUCUGGGAUGUAGUUGACAAAGGAAAGUGCAAGAAGCGAGGGGAUGGCUUGAAGAUGGAGAACGACCCCCAGGAGGCGGAGUCGGAGAUGGCCCUGGAUGCCGAGUUCCUGGACGUGUACAAGAACUGCAGCGGGGUGGUCAUGAUGUUCGACAUCACCAAGCAGUGGACCUUCAACUACAUCCUCCGGGAGCUCCCCAAGGUGCCAACGCAUGUGCCCGUGUGCGUGCUGGGGAACUACCGCGACAUGGGCGAGCACCGCGUCAUCCUGCCCGACGACGUGCGCCACUUCAUCGACACCCUGGACAGGCCCCCAGGGUCCUCUUACUUCCGCUACGCCGAGUCCUCCAUGAAGAACAGCUUCGGCCUCAAGUACCUACACAGGUUCUUCAACAUCCCAUUUCUGCAGCUUCAGAGGGAGACGCUGCUGCGGCAGCUGGAGACAAACCAGCUGGACGUGGACGCCACGCUGGAGGAGCUGUCUGUGCAACAGGAGACCGAGGACCAGAACUACGACAUCUUCCUCGAGAUGAUGGAGGCACGCAGCCGGGGCCACGCGUCCCCGCAGGCCACCGACGGGCAGAGCCCGUCCUCCGGCUCCCAGUCUCCCGUGGUGCCUCCCAGCGUAGCGUGCACGGGGAGCUCCAGUCCUGGCACGCCCCAGCCGGCCCCACAGCCGCCCCUCCAGGCCCCCUCGGAGGCCCCGCCAGCCCCUGCUCCCCCCGCGAUCCCCGCUGCACCCCCACGGCGCAGCCUCAUCUCGCGGCUGUUUGGGACCUCACCGGCGGCCGAGGUGGCCCCUCCACCCCCAGAGCCGGCCUCAGCUGCAGAGGCCCCUGCAGAAGUCCAGAACGUGGAGGACUUUGUUCCUGAAGACGGCCUCGACCGCAGCUUCCUGGAGGACACGGCGCCCCCGAAGGACGAAAGGAACGUUGGAGCCAAGGUCCCGCAGGACAGUGAGAGUGACGGGGAGGCCCCAGGAGGGAACCCAAUGGUGGCAGGUUUCCAGGACGACGUGGACCUUGAAGAUAAGCCACCUGGCAGGCCCCUGCCACCCACAGGCCCCGUCCCCAGGGAACACGUCACUCUGUCCAGCGAGGAGGAAGCAGAGGAGGUGGCAGGGUGCCCCGAGGCCCCCGUCCUGGCCCCCCACAAGCGCUCUGAGCCGGGGACCAAACGGUCUUCCAUGGAGGCCCCGAGGCCACAGCGGCCAGGCGGCGCCAAGCCCCCCUCCGAGGGCCCCUCUCGGGGGCUGGAGGGGGGGAGGGACGAGCAGGGGUCAUCGGGGAGCGACCCCGAGGGGCCCGUUGCCGCCCAGAUGCUGUCCUUCGUCAUGGACGACCCCGACUUCGAGAGCGACUCCGACGCCCCGCGGAGAGCGGGUGCGUUCCCUGUGCGCGAGGACCUCUCAGACGUGACGGAUGAGGACGCUGGCCCUGCCCAGCCGCCCCCGCCCGUGAAGCCCCCCGCCCCCUCCUUCAAACUAAAGAAUGACUUGGAUCUCUUUGGGCUGGGGCUGGAGGACACAGGCCACAAGGAGAGCAGCGAGGAAGAUAAGGAGGGCAAGCCUCCCUCGAAGGAGAAGGAGAAGAAGAAGAAGAAGAAGAAGAAGAAGGGCAGAGAGGAGGAGGACAAGGCCGCGAGGAAGAACAAGCAUAAGAAGAGCAAGGACAAGGCAGAGGACAAGGGCAGGGAGGAGCGGCCGCGGCGGCGGCCACGGGCCCCAGAGAGGUCGGCGGUGGACGAGCUGGAGGCCUUCCUGGGGGGCGGGGCCCCGGGCGGCCACCUCCGUGGGGGCGGCGACUAUGAGGAGCUCUAGGCCUGGCCCCGCCCCCCGCAGGGCACUCCGUGUGUGCUGGGGGCGCUGGGCCUGCCCUGCAGGGAGGGGCAGCAGGCUCCGUGGGCAGCCAGCCCCCAGCGCUUCUCAGGGAUGGGACUGAGGCCGAGGAGGCCUGCGAGGCUGUUUACAGGGGUGGGGCACUGUCCCCGUCACCCGCUCGGCCCCUGCUUGCCCCCGGCCCACCGCACGUGUUCACCCAGGCCCGCUGCAUGCGUCGGCCUCCGCUUCCUGCUGCGGCUUGGCCGGCGCUGUGGACCUCCAGUGCCCGGGCCCUCGGGGCACCUCUGUGCAGAGGCCAGGCGGCGCUGGCGCCUCUCCGGGGCGGCUCUUUCCAGGCAUGGCGUCCAGCUUUGUAGCUGCACCUGAGCUCGGGUGUGCGCAGGCCAUGCAGGGAGGCCCUGACACUUGUGUCCUUUCACUGUCCUUCCACCACUCGGACCAUAAAGCUCUCCUGUUUUACUGCACGUCUGUGUGUGCUGCUC